AUGAAAGACCCUCCCUUGUUGCUGCGACGCCUGUUUCUUCAGACCGUCAUCACUAGCGAAUCGCUUCAAUGGGACUUCGGGCUAUCCAAAGCACCAUCGAUUGUGCCUACCUUUUUGAAGGCCACUAGAACUGCUGGAGGCUAGAUCUGCUGCUGCUGGUUUGUCUGUUCGUUCUCAAAGAAAGAGGACGUGUAGCGUUUUUUCUUCUUCUUUUUUCCAAGAGAAGCUGUAACACAAUAGGGACACUCGAGUUAUGAAGGCUCGACGGAUGACUGGCGCUGUCCGUUCAGCACCACCUUGCGCCCAAUGACACCGUAAAAAACCUUCCUGACUCCCUUAAACCCGAGCCGGGGGGUCAGGAUAUUGGCUUAUUGGAGGGAAAACGCGUUCGCAUCUGUCCUUAGAAGUCAUUCAAGUGUGUGAAGGGUUUUGGAUUUCUAUUGUUGGCAUGGACACUUUGAGACGCACCUGGCACGAUCGAAAACACAUUUGAAUUUUCUGAACAUGGGUCCCAGCGGUAUGAUGACGGUCCAUGGGUUGGAGAUAUGACUAGAGAGGUACGCGAUGGGCCAAGGGGACGACAAGGAUCGCAUCGUGAUCAACGUCGGAGGAAUCAAGCACCAGACCUACCGCAGCACCCUGCGCACCCUGCCCGGCACUCGACUCUCCUGGCUGGCGGAGCCCGACGCGCCUAAUAACUUCGAUUAUGAUGCGAAUAUCGGUGAGUUUUUCUUCGAUCGUCACCCCGGCGUUUUCGCCCACAUUCUUAACUAUUACCGCACGGGCAAGCUGCAUUGCCCGGCGGACGUGUGCGGACCUUUGUAUGAGGAGGAGCUGGCGUUUUGGGGGAUCGACGAGACGGACGUGGAACCGUGUUGUUGGAUGACCUACCGGCAGCAUCGAGAGGCGGAGGAGGCUUUGGACAGUUUCGCCGGGGGUGCUCUUGAACUCGGACAUGAAGACCUGGAGCCUGAGGGGGUAGCUGAGGCGGCCGAGGGGGAUGAGGGUGUUGAGAUGACCCGGAGACUGGCGCAAGGCGACUCGCCCGAUAACAGGUCCGGGCGCUGGAGCAGAUGGCAAAAGAAGACGUGGGCACUCUUUGAGGACCCGUAUUCCUCAAAAUACGCACGGUGGGUAGCAUUUGCAUCUUUGUUCUUCAUUUUGGCGUCCAUUACCACAUUCUGUUUGGAGACUCAUGAGGCCUUCAAUCCCAUCAUCAACCGCACAGAGACUUACAUGGUGGGCAAUGAAACACGGGAUCGUGUUUUUUCUGAGACGGAGACCAUGGUGCAGUUAACCUAUGUUGAGGGUGUCUGCGUUGUGUGGUUCACUUUCGAGUUUCUGAUCCGAGUGACUACCUGUCCAAACAAAUUAAAAUUUGUCAGAAAUACACUCAACAUCAUCGACUUUGUGGCCAUCCUCCCCUUCUACCUGGAGGUAGGGCUGAGUGGACUCUCAUCCAAAGCAGCAAAAGAUGUGUUGGGUUUCCUCCGUGUGGUGCGAUUCGUUCGAAUUCUCCGUAUCUUCAAGCUAACGCGACACUUUGUGGGUUUGCGGGUACUAGGGCACACGCUCCGUGCCAGUACUAAUGAAUUUAUCCUCCUCAUCAUUUUCCUUGCACUCGGAGUCUUAAUCUUUGCCACUAUGAUCUACUAUGCCGAACGUUUUGGAAGAAACCUCAAUGAUCCUGACGCCAGUAACGGUACACACUUCAAGAACAUCCCCAUUGGCUUCUGGUGGGCUGUGGUAACUAUGACAACCCUCGGCUAUGGCGAUAUGUACCCUCAGACAACGUCUGGCAUGCUGGUGGGUGCACUGUGCGCACUGGCAGGUGUGCUGACGAUUGCCAUGCCUGUACCUGUAAUCGUGAACAACUUCGGCAUGUACUACUCCCUAGCCAUGGCGAAACAAAAACUACCAAAGAAAAAAAAUAAGCAUAUCCCACGAGCACCUCAACUAGGGUCUCCCAACUACUGCAAGUCAGCUAUUAACUCCCCGCGACCCAGCACGCACAGUGACACAUGCCCCCUGGCACAGGAAGAGGUUUCCGAGAUCAGAUACCAAGAUUUUAAAGUGAAUGGGGAGGCGUCCAAAGCUGCCCUGGCCAAUGAGGAUUGUCCUCACAUCGACCAGGCGGUGUCACCCGAGGAAGUCUUUAGCCCUGUGGACCACGAGAGACCCUGCUUCCUGCUCACCUCCGGAGGACAACGAGCCAAUCACACGGGGGGGAGAGUCAGGAAGGAGACCCAGCGCGGCCACCGAAGCAGACAACCGACCGAGUCAGUGUGUGUAAUGAACCAUGGUGUACCAACCACUAUGUGUGUCAACCAUAAAGCCACAUCCCCCACCUGAUAGUACCGUAUUUAGUGCGUGUGUGAGCACUUGCUGUGCGUUUGUUGUGGAUUAGUACUUCUCUUCGAGUUGUGACUGAGAAUUAAUUCAGCGUAGAUGUAGCACAGUAAUCAAGAGAAGCUGUAGUGGUUCAGCCGUUGUUUCGUUUGUGGUUUAUUGUGCUGUCGUUUUGUUCGAAGUGCCUGUUGUUUUUCCGUUCGUGAGUGUCAAUGUUGUACAUGGUGCUUGUGAGUGCUGGUGUGAAAACAUGACCUUUCUUUUAUCUCGUUGAAGUGUUUGUUUAAAUGUUGUAAAAAUGUUACUCCAGUCACUAAUCACA